AUGGCAACCAAACAUCACUACGAGGCUCUGAGAAAGCAACGCGUCUUACAACGAGCCAAAGAGGCUAAAGAGAGGAUGAAAGAAGACGAGCAAGAGUAUAGAAACGAAGAGCCGAAGCUAUGUAGACAUCGCGACCACUUCCCGUCGGGCGAUGGAGACGGGAGAAACAAAUCGACGUCUGGAAAGAAGAAUACGAAGGAACAAGCCACGCAGACAGGCGGGCUCGUUCACUUGCCGCACGCUCUCGCCGCCUCUGCUAACGUUCGAUUCUUGUGUCUAGAACCAUUUUCAAGUGCUAUAGAGAUGGCAGAUAAACCCGACGUGUCAGCAGUGACGACAUUCGACAAGACCAAGUUGAAAAAAACCGAAACGGAGGAGAAGAACCCUCUCCCAACCAAAGAGACAAUCGACCAAGAAAAGCAAGGGUAG